GCUCUCCUUGGCACACUCUGGAGCCCCGGGGAGUUUCCCUUUUAAAGAGGUGGCCCUUCAAAGCUGGAGGACUCAGGAGCAGGCUGUCUGUCUCUCCAGGUUUCAGCCGCAGGACUGAAGCCACAUUCGCACCCCUGACCUGUGUGUGCUGGUGGCCAGCACGGAGGUGCCAGCUGUGGCAGCAGAUCCCUAGAGACCUUGAAAUGUUGCUCAUCUGGUGGUUCUGGUCUCUGCUGGCCGUCUGUGCUUCGGAUACAUUCCGGGACCGGGCAGAAGCUAUCAUGAGAACCACGCCAGUCAUUGACGGGCACAACGACUUGCCUUGGCAACUACUGACUUUGUUCAACAACCAACUGCUGGACUCAAAGGCCAACUUGACCACACUUGAGAAAACACACACCAACAUCCCCAAGCUGAAGACUGGCUACGUGGGAGGCCAGUUCUGGUCCGCAUACAUGCCUUGUGAUACCCAAAACAAAGACGCAGUGAAAAGGAUACUGGAACAGAUCGAUGUCAUACACCGCAUGUGCCAGCUCUAUCCUGAGACCUUCGUGUGUGUCACCAACAGUUCAGAUAUCAUGGAGGCUUUCAAGAAUGGGAAAGUGGCCAGUCUGAUAGGCGUGGAGGGGGGCCACUUAAUCGACAGCAGUCUUGGCGUCCUGCGGACACUCUACCACCUGGGCAUGCGGUACCUGACCCUCACCCACAAUUGCAACACGCCCUGGGCCGACAACUGGCUUGUAGACAAAGGAGAUGACAAGGCUGAGAGCCAAGGACUGUCAUCCUUUGGGAAGAGUGUGCUGAAUGAGAUGAACCGCCUGGGUGUCAUGAUUGACUUGUCCCACGUGUCUGUGGCCACCAUGAAGGCUGCUUUGCAGCAAUCCAAGGCACCGGUCAUCUUCAGCCACUCGUCUGCCUACAGCGUGUGUCGAAGCAGGCGGAACGUCCCCGAUGACGUACUGGAGCUGGUGAAGAACACAAACAGUCUGGUGAUGGUGAACUUCUACAGUGAGUUUGUCUCCUGUUCAAGCAGCGCCACCUUGUCCCAAGUGGCUGACCACCUGGACCACAUCAAGAACGUGGCAGGCCCUGGGGCUGUGGGCCUUGGAGGAGAUUAUGAUGGUGUUACCAAGCUUCCUGUGGGACUGGAAGAUGUUUCCAAGUACCCAGACCUGAUAGCGGAGCUUCUCAGGAGGAACUGGACAGAGGCCGAGGUCAGAGGUGUGCUGGCUGAAAACCUGCUUCGGGUCUUCUCUGAAGUGGAACUGGUAAGCAAUAACAUGCAAGCUCCUGAGGAAGCCCCUAUCUCCCUGAAUGAGCUGGAUGGCGCCUGCAGGACUCACUAUGGCUACUCACAGGCCCCCAGCAUCCACUUGCAGACAGGGGCCCUGGUGGCCUCUCUGGCUUCCCUGCUCUUCAGUCUGCGUCUUCUGUGACAUCUGAAGGACCAGAACCUCCUCCAGUGCUCUCAGAGCUCAGGGAAAACUGGACAAGCCCAGAGUCCCUGUUGUCUAUGCAAAACCACAUCCUUUCUUGAAUAAGCAGUGGGCUUACCUGGGGACAGCUCAAGACACAGGCAUGCAAUAAACGCAAUGCGCCUUUAAGUGCU